CAGUUUGUUGCUGACAACUGAAGCUCCAGUGAGUAAUUCAUAUCCCUGAAUUGAUGCACGCAACUUACAGCAUGUAUCGGCAGUUGAGCACUCACAGCCACAGUUAUAGUGCUACUUGUGCAAUGGAAGCAAGCCUAUGCUUGGGAGGCCCGAGAAUCAGAAAUGUUAACUGUCAAGUGCCAUCAGAAUUCACUUCGAAAAAAGUGCCAUCAGAAAGACAGAAACUUGCCCGCACUGCACUUGUGUUCUUCAGAAUACUUCUGUCUCAACGAUGGCUCAGCCUUCACAAUAGGCACAGCACGGGGGCAUUGCGAUUGGUAUGUGAUGUCCACGUUGAUGUUUCUUAUAGCCAUUUGUGCCAAGUCCGUAGCUGCUCACCAAAAGCUUGAGCUGUGUACUUUUGGCUCCUGAACUGAUCUGAUGCACAGAACACGAAGGCACGCAUAGUCUUUCCUUUUUUUUUCAUUUUGAAAUGUUUACUUCUGUUGUGGCCAUAACGAUGGCAAACCUCUGUGCCUCUCAAUCUCUGCAGAUGGUCUUGGACCGAACGCUCCGUUUCUUUGUGUAUUCCCCCGCUUCAGGCGAUCGACGCCCCCAUCACCCACCCUGCCGGAGAGCCUCCGCCUCCCCCCUCCACACGGACGGGGUGAAAUCGAUCAAAUCCACCCAGCCCCAGUGUGGAAAUCCGACCCAAAACCCCUCCUCUCACGGUCUCACCCCCCAUGCCGCUCGCCACGCUGCUCGCGCACCUCGCGGCUGGCCGCUUCGGCCGCGUGGUGGAGCUCACGGGCGGCGGCGCGUCCACCGCGGCGGCCGCGCACCGCGUCCUGUACCUCCUCCUCCGCACCGCGCCGCUGCCCCCUCUCCCGCACCUCGUCUCCCUCGCGCGGUGGUCGCGGGCCCACUUCCGCGCACCGCUCCCGCUCCCGCUGCACGCCCUCCUCCUCGUGCGCCUCGCCUCCCGCGGCGGCGGCGGCGACGGCCACUACCCGCUCCUUCGCUCCGAGCUACACGCCCUCGCGGCCGCGCGUCUCCACUCCCCGGCCUCCAUCCUCCGCGCCCUCCCCGACUCGUCCCCGUCCGCGCCGCUCAUCGCCGACAUGCUCGUCCACGCGCUCGCCCGGGACCCCCAGCCGCUGGCCGCAUACGAGGCAUUCGUCCUCGCGGGCGCCGAAUACCCGCGCCACCGCCCCUCGGCCUUCUCCGUCACCGCCUUGCUGGCCGCCCUCAUCCGCGCCGAUCGGGUUGACCUCGCCGAGAGGGCGUUCAAGGCGGCGCUGCGGCGGCGCUUGUCGCCGGACCUGAUCACCUUCAACACCGUCAUCUCCGGGUUCUGCAAGACCGGUCAGCUUCGCAAGGCUGGUGACGUCGUCAAGGACAUCAGGGCGUGGGGGCUGGCACCCUCAGUGGUCACGUACUCCACUCUCAUCGACGGGUACUUUAAGUCCCGUCAAGCGGGGAAGAUGUACCAUGUCGAUGUGCUGUUGAAAGAGAUGAUCGAUGCCGGCCUUUCUCUGAAUGUGGUUACAUUCAAUGUGUUGAUUGAUGGGUAUUGUAAGGAAUCCAACAUUACAGCUGCAGCGAAGGUCUUCGAGGAGAUGAAGCAGCACGGGAUUGCCGCGAAUGUGGUGACAUACACUUCACUUGUUUCCGGGCUCUGCAGUGAGGGGAAGGUGGAGGAAGGCAUGAAGCUGGUGAAAGAGAUGGAGGAGCUGGGGUUGGCACGCCCACUGUCUAUCCUGAACUGUGUGCUGAAUGGGUUUUGCAAGAAUGGCAUGAUGGUGGAAGCUGAGGACUGGAUUGAUGGUAUGGCACAGAGUGACAUGAAACCCAAUGUGAUUACUUACAAUACCUUGGUCGAUGGAUACCGCCGUCUGGGAAAGAUGGAGAAGGCGAUGGCAGUGAAGGAGGCAAUGUCAGGGAAAGGGAUCAGUCCAAAUGUUAAUACAUAUAAUUGCUUGUUAGCAGGGUUUACCAGUAAUCGGGAUUGGAGCAGUGUUUCAAGCCUUCUCGAUGAGAUGAAGGAGAGAGGCGUGAAAGCAGAUGGUAUCACUUAUAAUGUGCUUAUUGGCGCGCUUUGUUGCAAAGGUGAGGUCUGGAAAGCAGUAAAGCUCAUGGAUGAGAUGUUAGAGGUUGGUUUGGAGCCAAAACAUCUGACCUACAAUACCAUUAUAGAAGGGUUUUGUGAGAAGGGGAACUUUAAGGCUGCCCAUGAAAUUAGGAGUAGGAUGGACAAACGUAAGAAACGAGCAAAUGUGGUCACAUACAAUGUGUUUCUCAAGUACUUCUGCAAGAUGGGGAAGAUGGAGGAGGCUAAUGAGCUCCUGAACGAGAUGUUGGAGAAAGGUCUAUUUCCAAAUAAGGUCACUUAUGAAAUAAUCAAUGCAGGCAUGGUAGAAAAAGGCUUUGUGCCUGAUAUAAGAGGAUUUGCAGCAGAUACUAAGAGCUUGACAUCUACCUGAAAGACAGAAUGCUGAGAACUUGAGGAUUGGAUGCAAGCAUUUCUCCUACUUCUUUUACAGACCUGUGGAUCUGAGAAUGGCAACCCGGUGCUGGGUUGAAAGUCUAGAAGAUUGAUCAUGUUUUGAGGACUGGAGAUGAAGGCAUUCAAAAGACCAUCUGCCGUUUGUUUCACUGGGUAAUGCAAAGCUGCAUGUUUAUGUUUAGUUGUUUUCAGGAAUCAUGUAUGGACCACCUGUGCGACUUCUAUGCAAUGCACAAUAUACGACGUCGUUGCUUGACACGUCAUGAUGCUAGCAGCCCAAAAGAACACUUUGGUUAUCAUCAGAUCAAGGCUUGCGUGCCCCUUUCUGUUGAUUGUUACAAUGUGAGUCAGUCGAUGGCAGUCUCAUAAGAAAAUGGGGUACUGGAGUGCCUUGUGGUUAUCAUCAUCAAAACCCAACUCCUGUGGUUGCUUGAUCAAAUGUCACAUGAUUGAUUACUCCAUGAUCGAGGCAAUAAUCUUCAUGAGAAAUGGAGCUUUUGACAAUUCCUUUGAGAAAGUUACCACUGGUAUUGCAUUAUCUAUCAUGUAAGUAGACUCAUCCCAGCAGUAUGACGCCUCAUGACUUUGAUGUUCAGCCUAUUAAGCUGGCCCUCUGUACGGUCCUGGCUUAUGUACUUGACUAUGUAUGCUAUAGUUGUCGAUUGACAGAUAUUGUGAUGAGCAUCUGAUCUUUUACUAUUUGACUAUACAAGAAAACUAUACUUGUGGCGAUAGAGUUAAAUUUUGAUCA